AUGACCCCAAACCUGAGCACCAUGCUCAUUUUCGGCAGCUUCAUCUCCCUGAUCGGCGCCACCUUCUACCCCAUCUACUUCCAGCCCCUAAUGUGGCUGGAGGAAGCUAAGAAGGAACAAGCCAUAAAUCGAGCUGGUAUUGUCCAAGAAGAUGUGCAGCCACCAGGGUUAAAAGUGUGGUCGGAUCCAUUUGGCAGGAAAUGAAAAGGCUAUCACCACCUCUGAUUAUGAAAGUAGACAGAGUCUUCAUGCUUUCAGUUCUGCAGCAAGUACAAUAAAUCACCCGGCUAAAGAACGAUGGCUGGGGAAGAAACUCUAGAAGGCUGUAAAGAAGAGUACUGUGCACCAGGAUUAAUUCCCUUCUUAAGUAUCAAAAGAACCCUGAAACAAAUCACACCAUUACAAAAGUUUUCAUGACUUGGUUUCC